AAAAUGAAAAAAACAUAAAUUAUUGAUGUGAUUUCAAAAACAAAACAUUCGGAUGCUAUUCUCGGAACAACGCAGAGUGUCAAAUUAUUAAAAUAUAAACAAAAGAGAAAUUAUUUGCAUCAACAAAACGAGAAAUCGGAGACGACAUUUUCUGCGAUUCUAUGGACAGACAAAUGAUGAUGAAGUCCCCAACAACAGCAACGACGACAAAGGGAUAAAGUUAUGCGUCAGCAAAUGUUUACAUACAGUUUGGAUUCGAAAACCCCAAUAGUGUCUGAGUAGAAAGUAGAAGUUGAAGGACAAGUGAGUCGUGUGAGUGAAGGAGUCCGGGAUAGCUAGCUGGUUUUAAAGACAAAUUUAAGCACCAUCGCAGCAGGCAAGUUCUCGAUUCAACGAAACAGUCGGCAGAGUAACUGAUAACGGUGGUGGUCGGGUUUCAGACAACUUGGUGAUUUGGUCAGUCACCAUGGAGUCCGCCGAUGUGCUGAUGGAGGAGAAGAAGCUUAUGGCCGAGGCAAAGUAUCGCAACUACAUGUCAAAUAUUGAUAAGGCAUUGAGGAAUUUUGAAUAUUCCAGCGAAUGGGCGGAUUUAAUAUCGGCAUUGGGCAAAUUAAGUAAGGCCAUUUCCAGCAACACUCAAUAUCAAAUAAUACCAAGGCGCAUAAAGAUUUCAAAACGUUUGGCACAAUGCAUGCAUCCAGCAUUACCUUCUGGCGUCCAUUUGAAAGCAUUGGAAACAUAUGGAGUUAUAUUCGGAAAGACGGGACCAGAGCGGUUGGCGACGGAAUUGUUUAUUUACAGCUCUGGCCUGUUUCCUCUGCUGGGAUAUGCCGCCAUGAAUGUGCGCCCAGCCUUACUGGGUAUAUAUGAAACGUAUUUUGUUCCGCUUGGUGAAAAAUUACGUCCAGCUUUAAGCGGCUUUCUAAGUGGAGUUUUGCCAGGUUAUGAAUGCGGUUUGGAUCAUUUUGAACGUACAAGCUCCUUAUUAACUCAGGUUUGCCAAGCCGUUAACCCCACACACUUUUAUACCGUCCUCUGGGAAUGUGUGGCCACCAAUGCCCCCGUUCGUCUACCAGCCAUUACCUAUUUGUUGGAGCAUUUCAAUAAACGCAUGAGUAUGCAGGAGCAAAUCUAUGUUAUGGGCCAUAACCGCGACAUCAUGAUGUCGGGUCUGUGCGCCUGCCUCAACGACAAUGUAAUUUUGGUGCAACGUAAUACUUUGGAAUUUCUUCUGUUGGGCUUUCCAAUGCAUACCAAGCUCUUGUCAGAAGCCGAUCUAGCAAAACUGGUUACAAAUGCCCUAAACACCAUACUCAGAAGGGAUAUGUCGCUGAAUAGACGUUUGUAUUCAUGGCUAUUGGGUUCGGAAAUAUUGAAGAACUCACCAACAUAUGAAACAGAACCAUCAAUAGCAAUAUCAAGCACUGACGGAGAUGGCGGAGACAUACAAACUGAAUCGUACUUUGAAAAGCAUUCGAGACAUGUUGUUAUCCAAGCCAUUAUAACAACGUUAAAGUUUAGCUUGGAAUGCACACCUGUUGACUUGAAGCCAUAUCGCAUUAUGGUCUCACUCUUGGACAAGGCCGAAAUAGGCAGUGCCGUGUUAGAUUAUGUCCUAUGCGACAUUAUACGCACCAUGUCUUUAUCGAUUGGAAAUGUGGAGGUUAUUAAAUCGUCCAACUUGCUUUUUGCCACAUUCGAUCCAGCUUAUAUAUGGAGUUUUAUGACAACUAUGUUCGAAAAAGCUUGCAAGAAGACAAAACGAUCGCAACAGGAUUCAGAUAAAGCUAGGAAAUCGUACACACGCUCAAAUAGCAAUAGUAGUAGUGGUGGUGUUGGAGGAGAACAACGUUUCCAGUGUGUUGUUGGGUCCGGCGAUCCCAGUCUAGUGGAAAUAUGUUUUCUAACUGAAUUCUUGCUGGAGACAAUUUCUCUCGAGAUGUACAAUGAGACGACGCGUAUUUAUUUGCCCAAAGUAUUUCUGGCCAUAACACAAAUGCUGACAGUGCACCUAGAAAACUUAAACGACGAUGAGAUUAUUGCUUCUCUAAAGCUCUGCAUGAAAAUCGUUUCCAGGGUGCAGCCAAUGAUAACGAGUCCAAUUAAACUUUUACCACGUUCACAACAAAAUAAAUCUGCAAGCGAUGACAAAAAUGCCAACAACACAGCACGGUCCCAGCCGAUUUCAGCUUUGAUGGGGGCAAAUGCAUUGGAGAAGAGUAAGUCAGAUUCAAAACUGGACCAAUUUGCCAAUCAAGAUGGCCACUCCCACACCAUGUCCCUAAAUCAUGACGAAGACAACAUCCGAAGAUGUAAUUCCAACCAGCAUAUGGAACGGAAAAGCCCAACCAAAAAGAAGAAAGCUAAAUCCUUCUCAAAACUUUCAGAGUUGGACAAAGAGAUUUGUCCCGACACAGGAGAAAUUAUAGAUCCUCGACAAUCGUCCUCGGAUUUGGACACUCCAAUCAGUAUAAAGAAAAUCAAAGCAAAGGGAAAGCAAGCUCAAAAUCGACUACGCAUGAGCCCGAAAAAAUCGAGACCCCAUGAAUUGGUAUUGACAGAAAAUAAGGCAGUCGCUACUGGCUCCGAUGUACAUUCCAACAACGGGAGCAGAAUAGAUACACCCGUUAGUGGUGAUUAUCAAGAGGAUGAACCUAAAAGUGCUCCAUUGGAACAAAUCUCCAAACAGCAGGCCGAGGGAUUUAUUUUUAACUAUCAGGAGGUAAAUAGGGCAGGAGAGGAAGAUGUACAGGACACCAGUAACAACUAUAUGGCCACAGCAACUAUUCUGGAGAAAUGUAUUAAACAAUAUGAAGUAUUUUUUGAGGUGUACCUCUGUCAUAAAGUACUGAAUAUACCUCAGCAGGCGCCAGUUGAUGACACCAAGUGUCCCAUAAGAGUCCAAGUAGAAAAACAAGAAACUAUCAAUGAUGUAGCGAAAAUACCCAAUGUUGAAAAUAUAUUUAAACAUGAACACGUCUAUGAGGAUUUGAACCCAUGUAGAUUACUCGACAUUGACAAUCUGUUUGAAACCUUGAAAAUACACAUUGUUAACCGUUCUAAGCAGUUGCACUCAUUGUUGAAUCGAUCGCUGGUGGAUGGUCAGUCAGAAAAUACAGACGGCAGUGAAGACGGAGAGGAGGGUGCAAUUUAUGAACUGGAUGAUGUGACCAAACAGCGUCUACAAUCCCUUUUGGAUUUACAAUUGGUCCCUUCACUGAGGCAAGCCAUAAAACUGUCCGUCAAUCUUUUGGUUGAAAUGUCAACAUUCCCGAAUUGUAACAAAAAUAUAACACUGGAGAAAGCCGAAAAGGAAUUACCCAGUUGGCUAAAAGUUCUUUGUAUUAUUGCUUGCUAUAGUCAGAAUGACAAAGAAUUGCAAUUAUCGGCCAUUACGACAUUAUUCGACCUAAUAAGUCUUCUCAAAUCUCAAAUAGAACACACCACCAGUCCUGGGGUGACAUAUGUAGUUAUGCUACCCCUGCUCAAAUUCGGCCAUGUCCACUAUAUAGAGCGACGCACGAGGGUGUUCCAGCUUUUGACCUCGAAUCUAUGGGACUACCUGGGGGAAAUGGAUGUGGACAAUACUCAAGUGUGUGCUUUACUCUAUCAACUGCAUAAUUGCCUUGAAAGUGGUCUUGUCGAGCGCAUCAUCGACAAUCGAAUGUAUGCCAAGACCAUGCAGCAACAUUUCACUGCUGCCUACGAUACUGUGGAAGGCAAUAUGGGUGUUUUAAGAAAGACUGCGGCGAAGAACUUGCGUUCAGCCUGGAAUUCAUAUAAUUUCGACAGAGCAACUGACAUCCAUAUGAUGUGCGUAACCCCCACACUUAUGGUAAAUCGUGCAGCAAUUGAGCAAUUGACUGAAAGUGAAUCAAUCAGUUUCAAGAAGUAUGAACUUCUGUGGCACUUGGGACGCGAUAAGCAACAAACCAGAGGCUUUGAGAAGAUUCAAUUCAAAGUCUUGGACACAUUAGCACUGCCUCCGUACAUGUCAGUAAGGACAUGUGUAACUAAGUGGCUGCAAUCUGCCCUGUUGAGGGGCGAUCUUUCACGAUUGGUAAAGCCAUUGUAUAAAAUACUCUUGGCCUCGAACACAAAACGUGUGGGAAUUGUCCAUUUGCAUUUGCUGCGCAAGGGCUCUGACGAAACUGGUUCUGAUGUUGCCAAAGAUUCGUUAGGGAGCAGAUCCAAAAACCUCAAUUCAGGCGACGUUGAUAGCUCAGUCGAAGCUGAUGUAUAUGCUGUCAGUUCGGAAUAUGGCAAUAUCCGUUAUAUAACUGAUUCGACGAGUCACAACAAAAAACGAAGUCCCAUUCGUUCAAUACAAAAGAAAAUCUUUGGCGUGUCGUUGAGCAGUAAAAAUAAAACCUCAAAUUUUGUAAGCGACCAAACCCCGACUUCAACAUCACCCAAUGUCAGCGCUUUGGACCCAGCUUCAUUGCCGACAACAACCAUAGGUCUCAUUGUAAAUCCUUUGGAAAAUUCUUUGGACUUUGACGAUGAACAAGAACCAGAAGAGCUAAAGAAAAAGAUGGCGAUGGACGACUAUGACCCUGAAGAGCUAGACGAAGAAGAUGAAAAUGAUGAUCCACUGUGUGAACAAGAUUAUACGGAUGAUUCCGACAGCAGCCUUUAUGAUUCGGAGUCAGAACAAAGGGAAACUAGUGCCGAGAAAGACGAUUCCAUUACUGCUCAAAGCUCUGAAUAUGAGAAUAAAACAAGACUUAAACGUUUUGUGGGUCCAAUCGAAAGCGUUACAGAUCUUUUGACCCAACAUGAGCGCACGAAAAAUCGCAAAACGUAUCAUCUAACACGCGAGAAGACACCGGGGGAAACAAGUUUGACCUCUACAACGACCGAAGAACAAGGACCCCUGUCUUUGGAAUUGGAGCAGGAUAAUGAAGAGGAGGAAGUCCACCCGGCCGAUGAAUAUUUCGACAACAGGAGCGAGGAACGCCAGGUGGAAUCAUUUGUGGAUGAUUUAAUUGAUCAAGUUAAGGAUACAUCAAUUUCUUCAAGCAAACGUAAAAAGGGUCCCAAGAAUCAGUUGAAGAAGAAGUUGCGGUCUAAAAAACUGACGGGCCAAGAUAAAAUGGAUAAAAAACGAAUGAGUUGUAUAUCUAAAAUCUCCACAGACAGCAACAAUAGUUUCACCACUGGAGAGAUUGCCAAGGAAAACGACGACGAGGAAGAUAGCUGCAGUAAGUUUAUAAAUAUAGAAGAAAAGAGAAAAGCUCUAAAUCUGGAAACGUCUAAGUCGUUGACCAAGGAGUGGGAACUAACACCUGAGACGCUAGAGAAAAGCAAGCAAAAUUUGGAAAUCUUACGACAGUCGGCAUCGUCACAAUUGCUCAAACACGACUUGUCCAGCAAGCGUUCAUCGACCAAAAGUAGCACCCUCUCAUAUGACGGGGGUUCAAAGCGCCUGCAAACUGAAAAGUUACUUCCCCUAUUCCAAAACCACAUGCUCAUUUACAUGAAUGUGUACGACAGCAAACAGACCCUGUACGCGUUCCAUACCUUGCGCAACAUAAUUUCAUGCGACACGCGCACUUUCCUCUGUCUGUCUAUAACCACUUCCCUAUCGAGUGGUUCUCUGAAACAACUACUGACGCGACAUCGCAAGUGCAUUGCAGGAAAGGGAUUUAUGGGUAGUAUUACCACAUCGGAGUUUGCCCAAAGCUAUCGAGGAUGCAUGCAUCUGGAGGUUUUAUUGCUAUUGUGUUUGUUUUAUGCACGCGGAUUCUUUCAUGUUGAAUCACACGACGCUGCCAGCGAACCGCCUACAAGAUCGGAUAUAUUGGGCAAUUGUCGAGUCCAAUUGGAGAGCGUCGAACUGCUAACUUUGAUUUGCACAGAACUCAUUGAAAUUGUCAAGGGAAUGGGCAAAGGUUUAGCCUGCUAUCUGGCAGACUUGAUGGCACGGUGCAAACUGCAAAAGGUCAUUUUACAUUGCCUCAACUCGUCGGUAAAUACUUAUGGCCAUAUCUAUCCCGGUUCAACGAUGGCCGAACAAAUAAUAAACUUUAAUAACCCCCAUGACGACAACCUUCACGCCGAAGCCUUGCAAAUUCAACUUUUACGCUUGCUCAUGGUUGUCAUUAAGCUGGAAUAUGAAGUAACGCUUUUGAAAAAUGAUGCUGGCCUUGCUUCCGCAAAUGAGCAAUCGGAAUCGGGCAGUAUAUCUCCGACUCGCCUUUCAUCGUCGGAAUCUCAACUGACAUCGGUAAAGUAUUUGCCAAACUGUGUGAUUAGCCAACAGCCAAUGUUUCUAUCGGCUGUAUUAAGUGCUUUGCAGGAUGAACGCCUGCAGCCUUUGCAUCACAACUGGACAGAGUUGGUAACGUCGUCGUUAAAUUGCUUCAAGUUUGGUUCGCUCACCAAUAUAGUUAUAAGCGUUGUCCAUCAACUGUGCAAUAAUAUUGAUCAGCUAACAAAAAUGAGACUCAACGACCAGAAAGGUCUGCCGCCCGACUACGUUAUUUCGCAACUGGAAGCAAUUACCAUAUUGUGUCAUUACUGUUUGCUGGACAACACACAACAAACCACGCUAUCACAGCUAUUUAACCAGGCAUAUCCGCAAACAAGUUCCAUAGCAUCACAAAACUCGAAUACCGGUCAACUGUUCAAUAGCAUUGUGCAUUCCUUAUUACCCGGAGGUCCUUCAUCGGGAACCUCUGCAGCAAAUCAGGCCGACUCACAGGCACCCAAAAACUCGCAGCUGCUGGCAGCCCGCAAUGCAGUCCUAUCACAUUUGCCGCGUAUAGUGUCCAGUGUGGCUGCUGUUUGGGAUAGCGACUUGGGUCAAAUCCGUCAGAUUAAACAGCAGUUAAUGGAAUUCCUGUCUCCCAUAUCGCUGCACCAUGGCUGCAACUUCCUGGCAGCAAUCGCCGUAACAUGGCAAGAAAGGGGAGAGACUCAUCGCAAAAAGUCAGCCAAUGAAUACAAAAAUCUUUCUAUAGCUCAGCAAUAUCAAAGAAAUUCAGUGCCUCAAGCCUGUAACGAACAGCUUAGCCUGGUAUCACUCGUCUCUAGCAUUCGAGUGAUGCCAAUGGACUCGUUCGUCCAAACACUACACCAAGUUGUAAAAUCUCCACCGCCAAUACAUCGACCACCGACAAACCUUAAAAUAGAGGUCAGUGCCUUGGAGUUAUUUUACUUUUAUAUGAAGUCGGCCCCGGCACCACAAUUGGGCGAUUCCUGGACAUCGUUGCUGGCUCUACUAAGGGAUGGUUUAUCGCUCACGCCACCGGCACAAUUCACCUUGCUAAUGUUGCUAAAUGAGUUUGUGCAGCGCUGUCCUCAAAUGCCAUUCCAAGACAAAAAAGACAUCCGUGACUUGCACGAUGUCACCUCCAGACUUGUGGACUCACUGUCCAAUGUGGCUGGAUCUUGUUUGGAGCAAACCACCUGGUUACGCCGUAACUUGGCAGUCAAAGAAGACAUAACCCCAUUGGUAACGGACAACGACGUGACUUCAAACUCAAGCUCUGGCGGCACAGCGGUAUUACAAAAGUAUUCGGUCCAAGCUCAAAGUGUUUUGGCCGCAAUUUUGGCAAAUUUGCUGGAUGUGGCCUAUGGCUCACAAGAAAAGGACAAAGUGGUUUCAAUUAUUACCACACUACUAUACAAUAUCACGCCGUAUCUGAAAAACCACACCGCUCGUAACAUACCAUCUUUCUAUGCUUGCUCCAGUUUAUUGGCAUCUUUAAGUGGUUAUCAAUACACUCGCAAGGCUUGGCGCAAAGAUAUGAUGGAUCUUUUGCUGGAUCCAGCAUUCUUUCAAAUGGAUAUCAGCUGCUUGCCGUUCUGGAAGCAAAUUAUGGACAGUCUGAUGACGUACGAUAACACCACGUUCCGUGAAUUGAUGAGCCGCGUAUCCCUGACACAAACAGGAAGUCUGAAUAUUUUUGCCUCGAGAGAGCAAGAGUACGAACAACGUUCCAUGUUGCUGAAGCGUUUGGCCUUUGUUAUAUUUUGCAGUGAAUUCGAUCAGUACCACAAGUAUAUGCCCGAAAUACAAGAACAACUGGCCAAUAGCUUGCGGCUGUUGGCAAACGUUCCUUCAGUACAGUCGGCUGUAUUUUUGUGUUUCCGUGUAUUGUUGUUGAGAAUGUCGCCCGACCAUGUCACUUCUUUGUGGCCGAUUAUUAUAGCCGAAAUGGUUCAAGUCUUUCUGGCAAUGGAACAGGAGCUGAAGACGACCGAUGGAGAUGACUUAAGCCAACAUAUUCGUAUGGUUUCUGGCAUGGACGCCUCAUGGUCCUCUUCAACUGGUGGCAAUGGCAAUACCUCACAAAGUCAAUUGUAUCACUGGCGUUCUGUGCAGUUGGAAGCUUCGAAGCUAUUGGAAAUGGGUUGUGUUUUACCCGCCACCUUAUUGCCUCACUUCCAAAUGUACCGCUGGGCCUUUGUGGGCACCGAAUUCGAUGUCAGCGACAAAUCAAUACCCAAUGGCAUGAUAAAUGAUGAAAACGUUGGCCAAACGGCACUCUAUGUACCACACAUAAGACGUAUUGCCCGUCUCAUGGAUAUGAAAUACACGGUACAUUCUCCGACUUUGAAUAUAAAACGGGGUCGUCAUUUGAUGCUUACUUGCCAGCAAAUUUCAACACUUCAAGAUUUGUAUGGCUUCUUCUCAACUCUAAGUGUUACCUGUCCCAAUCCACAUAAUUAUGCUGAUAUCGAUCACGAAGUUAACAAUUGCCUACAGGAAAUCGAGGAGAUUUUGUCCAAAGACUUCUUAGAGAAAAUUCCCUCGACAACAACACCAAGGUGAAAGGAUGUACCAACAACUGUCCCUAUUAAUGGCAUAUGUGCAGCGCCGGACACUUGCCUGAUGUCAUUAAAUACUGAACUAUCACAUAAAAAUUCCCAAUCAUCGCGUUUUUCACAAGCCUCCAUGCUGCUAUUGUCGGCUUCGUCGUCGUCUCCGCCGCCGUCCAUAGUACAACGGCCGUCUCAUUUGGCCGAGGCAAAUCGUGCAAUUCUAAAUAGAAAAGUUGAGACCACCCAUCUUCCAUUUUAUGUCUAAUGCGAAUAGUUAAACUACCUGUGGCCUAAAGUUUCCCCAUUUUCUUUUGAUAUAAGGACUCAAAUCUCUACCCAAAUCUAAAUAACUAGUAUCGUUUUAUUUCUAUGUUAUCUAAUUAGCUUGAAUAUAUGCAUAACUCUGAGGGAAGUUGUACUCUCAUUGUUCGGCUAGGAAACCUCACACACACACACCCAUAUAUGUUACACAAACACCCACAUAACCUAUGAAAAUUUAAAGAACUGUAACUAUACCACUAUUAUCAUAAUUAUAAUUUUUUCUAAUAUUGUAAUCAUCAUAAACAUAACAUUAUGUAUUUGCUGUGAAUCUGACAAAAGGAAGGAAACAACAAGAAUAUUAUAUGUACAAUAAAUGAAACUCAUUGAUAAAUAAAUAAAAUUAAUGUUAUUCCAAAGUAAAA